AUGAGUGGAAGCGGCAGCUCUUCCCUAUCAGUUAAUGCUACACAGAAGGGUAGCUCUGCUGCUGAUGACAGGGUUGAUGUGAAUCAUCUCAUACUUCUGUUGGAUCUCAAUAUCCGUCCUUGGGUGGACUUCUCUCCUGAUGCAGGGACAUUUAAAGGGUGUCUUGAAAGUGUUCUGGCAUUUGCAAACAUCUAUCCCCUCUUUGAAGCAGAGAAUCACCUAACCAUCAUUGGCUGUAAUUCAAUGACUGUGCAGUAUAUCUCUUCCAGUCAAGAUGACAUACUUGAUCCUUCAAGACAAAAAAAAAGUCCCUUGGAAAUGAAGACAGCACUUGUGAAUCUAGUGUCUACUGAAGGUGAAGACAGCCUACUUGCUGGUGGCCUUGCAAAGAGCCUAUGUUAUAUCAAUCGUCUUGAGCAAGGUCGUGCUCCUGCUCAGACGCUACACUGGCGAAUUCUCAUAAUCUCUGCUGCUGCCAAUGCUUCCUCUCAAUAUAUGUCUUACAUGAAUGCCUUUUUCUCUGCCCAAAAGCAAGGAGUUGUUAUAGAUGCCUGCAUGAUAGGACAGCAUUCUGGGCUACUGCAGCAAGCAUGUGAUAUCACAGGUGGAAUGUAUCUGCGUAUUGAACGUGUGCAGGGAUUGUUACAGUUUUUAUCAUGGGUGUAUUUGGGUAGUGUUGAGGAAAGAAGCAUGUUUAUCCUUCCUCCCAAAGCACCUGUGGACUAUCGAGCAGCCUGCUUCUGCCACCGAAACUUGAUUGAUGAUCUUCCUGGAACAACUAUUCGCAGGAAGUACUUCCACUUCCUCAUUUCCCUAGUGUUCUUUUCUGGGGCUCUCUUUAAUCCUCCUAUCCUCUACUUGGCUUCGUGUGCAGCAAUGUAUCUUCUCCUCCUCUUGGAAAUGUUUCGGUGUGCUAUGAUUGAGCCAUUUCACUCUCUUCUGAAUUCCAGUUACAAGCACUUCCAGGAUGAAAAAGAUUCUGGAUGGCUCAUCUUGACUCAAAUUUAUCUCCUUGCUGGGUGCUCUUUGCCCCUUUGGCUGAGCCCCUAUGGUGGCUUAAGCCCUUGGAUCUGUCUCUCUGGUGUUCUUCCAAUUGGCAUCGGGGAUGCUGUUGCAAGUAUAGUGGGAACCCAUUUUGGCAAGACAAAGUGGCCUGGCUCACAAAAGUCAUACAUCGGUUCUGCUGGCUGUUUCUUCUCACAAGUAGCUUGUGCUCUGAGCAUUGCAUUUCUUGGGAGCUUGAAAAUAACAGAAUGCCUUGUGAUAAUCAUUGGAGCUUUGGCAACCACAGCUGUGGAAGCAUUCACAACUCAAGUAGAUAAUUUAGUAUUACCCCUGGUCAUGUAUUUGAUCACUUUACUUGGUGCUGAAUGGUCAAAGACUCUUGGUGUUGGUGCAGCUCAUGUUUAUCAUUUUCGUGGAAUCUCAAAAGUGAAUGAGUAUUAUGUAGAUGCUUCAGGUGAAGUAGAAAACAUUGUAGUUAAAGAUGGGAAGCCAGUGACAUCAAGUGAAGUUACAAGUGAAGAACUACAGGAAUGA